AAUGAAAACUCCUGCCUUUCCUCCACCAGGCCAUCAGGAGUAUCCUGCAUCAGCUCAGGUCUUGCUGCAAAUUGCACUCCUCCCAUGAGUGCACCCCCACCAGGAGACAUUAAGCCUAAGUGUUUCCUGAGCACUGGCCAAUGGCAGCUGCCUCCUCACAGAGGAAGGUCCAGAUUUUUAGAGAGAGGCCUUCAAAGCAAGGAGCUUGACUGUUCCUUUUCUACCAAGUGGCCAUCACCAACCAUUGCUGACCUGAUUGAAACCAGAUGUGCAAUGAUGGUGCUCAAAGGGCAAGGCCUCUUUCAAGGAGGUAGUGAUGGUGUCUUUCCAAGAGCAAAGAUCUGUUUCAGCUGCCAUAAGCAGAUGUUUCUUAAGUGGCCUUACAAAUGUUACCUCUGCAGUGGGGUUGUCUGCUGUGAUUGCUGCAUUAAGAUGUCCAUGCCCUACAGAACAUGUGUACAUCUCCCACUUCAAUUCCUAAAAUUUUUGAGACUGUCUGGAGAGGAGGAUCCAGCUACUCAGGAACAGAAGAGCUCCAAGUUGCUACAUGAAAUAGAGCAGCAGCAGUAUUUUGGCAUACCUGUUGUUUUGGAGCCCUGUGGCCUAGCACAGCCCCUGUGCUGUUACAUGGGGACCAUGGCAAACUGGCUGACUGUAGACAUCUGUACAUGGUGUGAGCAAUACCUCUUGAAUGUGACUUCCAGUCAACAGCACAGCAUCCCUCUCAGGAGAUUUUCCUGGGCUUGAACCAAACUGGAAUCUACCAUACAUUUCUCCUGUCACUCCUUACGUACCUGAAAUAAAUGAAACAGCUUUACGCACCUACUGACAAAAAGGCCUGAAUGAAAGACCUC